AGAGUGGGUGCGCAGGGAAGGCAGCGCGGAGAGAGAGCAGCUGUGUAGCUCGUUGAGGAAAAGGGAUCAGACGGGAAUCUCUAAUUUAUUGCUUGCUGAGUGUUCUAUCUGGUGAAAGUCAUGUCAUCCAUAUUGCCAUUCACUCCACCAGUUGUGAAGAGACUUCUAGGGUGGAAAAAAUCUGCUGGUGGCUCUGGAGGGGCUGGUGGUGGUGAGCAGAAUGUCCAGGAGGAAAAGUGGUGUGAAAAAGCAGUGAAAAGCUUAGUCAAGAAGCUGAAGAAAACAGGACAGCUGGAUGAGCUUGAGAAAGCAAUUACCACUCAGAAUUCAAAUACAAAAUGUGUGACAAUACCAAGCACUUGCUCUGAAAUUUUGGGACUGAGUACACCAAACACGAUAGAUCAGUGGGAUACAACAGGCCUUUACAGCUUCUCUGAACAAACCAGAUCUCUUGAUGGCCGUCUACAGGUAUCUCAUCGUAAAGGAUUACCACAUGUUAUUUACUGUCGUUUGUGGCGCUGGCCAGAUCUUCACAGUCACCAUGAACUUAAAGCAAUUGAAAACUGUGAAUAUGCUUUCAAUCUUAAAAAGGAUGAAGUAUGUAUAAACCCUUACCACUACCAGAGAGUGGAGACACCAGUCUUGCCUCCUGUACUAGUGCCACGGCACACUGAAAUUCUAAUGGAGCUUCCGCCUCUCGAUGACUAUACCCAUUCCAUUCCUGAAAACACUAACUUUCCAGCUGGAAUUGAACCACAGAGCAAUUACAUACCAGAAACACCACCUCCGGGAUAUAUCAGCGAAGAUGGAGAAACAAGUGACCAGCAGUUGACCCAAAGCAUGGAUACAGGAUCUCCAGCAGAGCUGUCUCCUAGUACUCUCUCCCCAGUUAAUCAUAGCUUGGACUUGCAACCAGUUACUUACUCGGAGCCUGCAUUUUGGUGUUCAAUAGCAUAUUAUGAAUUGAAUCAAAGAGUGGGAGAAACCUUCCAUGCAUCACAGCCUUCCCUGACUGUAGAUGGCUUUACAGAUCCAUCAAAUUCAGAACGAUUUUGUCUGGGUCUGCUUUCCAAUGUAAACAGAAAUGCUACAGUGGAAAUGACAAGGCGACACAUAGGAAGGGGGAUACGUCUUUAUUACAUUGGUGGAGAAGUCUUUGCUGAGUGCCUAAGCGAUAGUGCGAUUUUUGUUCAGAGCCCCAACUGUAAUCAAAGAUAUGGCUGGCAUCCUGCGACCGUGUGCAAAAUUCCACCAGGAUGUAAUCUAAAAAUCUUUAAUAAUCAAGAAUUUGCUGCUCUUCUGGCUCAAUCUGUGAAUCAGGGGUUUGAAGCAGUUUAUCAGCUUACAAGAAUGUGUACUAUCAGAAUGAGUUUUGUUAAAGGAUGGGGAGCUGAAUACAGACGGCAAACAGUAACAAGCACUCCUUGCUGGAUUGAACUUCAUCUGAAUGGACCUCUACAAUGGUUGGACAAAGUAUUGACUCAGAUGGGCUCCCCUUCAGUACGCUGCUCCAGCAUGUCAUAAAAUUCCUUCCUCUGUUACCAGUGGGCUAAAUAUCAAGUCCAAUCAACAGACAUAAUAUAACAGCUCAUCUGUCAUAGUAUGUGUGUGGUCCCCAUGAACUGCUUACUAUCUCAAAAGGUUUUGAAAUUAAAAACAGCACUUGGUCUCAUUAGUUAAAGCACCUUGUGGAUUCUGUUUCCUGUACUCUAAUAAUAGAUGAAAAUUUAGUGUAUAGAAAUACCUUCUUCAGAAAGAAGGAACAGUUCUAAAGAUUCUUAAUUGUGUUUUUAUUGGAUAUAUAUUUGAGUGUCCUAAUGGUUUAUCAAUAACAUGAAUAACUAAGUAUACAUACAGGUAAUGUAUCAUGUUCUCAAGUUUCACAGUAUCAUGCUGGUCUACAUUU